UCAGCGGGAGCUUGACAGCUACCUCCAAGGAGGUGAAUAUAACCAAAUGUUGUAGUACUUAGCAUGCAAUAUCAAAGCGUUUAGACAAGGGAACAGAAAGUUAAAGUUCACCGUCACCUACCUGUCGAACCUCGGUCAAAUGGGAAACGGAAUAAAUAAGGUCCUGCCGGAUUUAUACCUGGGGAACUUUAAAGAUGCACGGGACAGGGAACAGCUGGCCAGAAACAACAUCACCCACAUUCUCUCCAUCCACGACAGCGCCACUCCGCUGCUGCAGGAGAUGACAUACCUCUGCAUUCCUGCAGCUGAUCUGCCCACGCAGAACCUGACCCAGCACUUCAGGGACAGCAUCGUGUUCAUGCACGAAUCCAGGCUUAAAGGAGAGGGCUGCCUCGUGCACUGCCUGGCGGGCGUGUCCCGCAGUGUCACCCUGGUGGUGGCGUACAUAAUGACGGUGACGGAGCUGGGCUGGCAGGACGCCCUGGCAGCGGUGAGGGCCUCUCGACCCUGCGCCGGCCCCAACAUGGGCUUCCUCCGCCAGCUCGAGGAGUUCCAGAACACGCAGGCCCACGAGUACAGGCAGUGGCUGAAGGAGAAGUACAAGGAGAACCCGUUUAACGAUGAGGAGGAGAUUAAGCUGCUAUUGGCCAGGAACCCAAGGGCCACACCUCCAACGGACACCUGACUGGUGUUGCCACGGUGACCGCCCACUGUUUUCACCCUGGUGUUGCCACGGUGACCGCCCACUGAUUUCACCCUGAUACAGCCACGUUUUGGGGCUGAACCUACCUGCCAGUCACAUUCUUUCAGGUGUUGGACUGAGCUGUGCUUGUGUUUAUGUGUGUGUGUCUGUGUGUGUGUUGGGCUUGUUUAUCAUGUGCAUUAGAGUUUAUGUGUGUGUGUCUGUGUGUGAGUGUGUAUGUAUGUGUGUUGGGCUUGUUUAUCAUGUGCAUUGGAGUUUAUGUGUGUGUGUGUAUGUAUGUGUGUUGGGCUUGUUUAUCAUGUGCAUUAGAGUUUAUGUGUGUCUGUGUGUGUGUGUGUGUGUAUGUGCAUUUUUGUUGUUAUCAUGUGCAUUAGAGUUUAUGUGUGUGUGUAUGUGUGUGUGAGUGUGUAUGUAUGUGUGUUGGGCUUGUUUAUCAAGUGCAUUGGAGUUUGUGUGUGUGUAUGUAUGUGUGAGUGUGUAUGUAUGUGUGUUGGGCUUGUUUAUCAUGUGCAUUGGAGUUUAUGUUGACUUGUUUGAGAGGAACACACUACUUUUAACCUGUGUAAAUAAGUACAGGAUAUAUAUUGUUCAAUCAGUUUUUUUAAACAAAAUUAUUGAUAAUGCCAUUUUAUUGUAAGUUAUGUAAAAUCUUGCAAUUAUGUAAAACCGAAUUAUUUUUUAAAUCUUGUGAAAUUGUUAUUUUGUAUUUUAUUUUACAUACUAAUCAAGUUUGUUGGGUGUCCUGAAUAUCUCAAUUAAUAAAAAUGUUUGAAAACAUUGUA